AUGAUUAAGCUCUGUCCUUUCUAUAUUCUUGCUCUGUCUGAAGGCACUGAUGAAUUGAGGCUGUCAAAUGGAACUGGCCCCUGCUCUGGGAGAGUGGAAGUAAAACAUGAGGAGCAGUGGGGAACUGUGUGUGAUGGCGACUGGACCAUAAAGGAUGCUGAGGUUGUCUGUAAGCAACUGCAAUGUGGAUUUGCUGUUAAGGCUCUAAAUCGAGCUCAUUUUGGACAAGGAACUGGACCAACGUGGUUGUACCGAGUUGAUUGCCAUGGUGAUGAAUCUGCUCUCUGGAACUGCUCACAUACAGGAUGGGGUUCUUUUACCUGCCCUCAUUACUUUGAUAUUGGAGUGGUCUGCUCAGGCUACGGUGGGUACCGGCUGGCAAAUGGCAAUACCACAUGUUCAGGGAGAGUAGAGCUUCUUCACGGAGGCACGUGGGGAACCCUGUGUGACUACCUGUGGGAUUUACCAGCUGCCAAUAUCCUCUGCCAGCAGCUAGACUGUGGAGUUGCACUACUGAUACCAAGUGGACAGUCCUUUGGGGAAGGAAGUGGAUCUGUCUGGAAUGCCACAUUCAGCUGCCAGAAGAAUGGCUCGCUCCUGAGAGAUUGUCUCGUGCGUGCUCUAGGUCAGGAUGAAUGCCCCGCUGGAAAAGAGGCUCGUGUGGUAUGCUCAGGGUGUCCAGGGGCCAGGCUGGUGAAUGGCACUACGUGCUCUGGCAUAGUGGAGGUCCGCCAUGGAGACAGGUGGGGAAGACUCUGCCACUCCCACUGGAAUUUGCAAGCUGCCAGUGUUCUCUGCCAUCAGCUGAACUGUGGCUAUGCAAAAUCAAUCCAGAUGGAAGACCGUUUUGUGGGUGGAAAUGGGCCUAUAUGGAGAGAUGCUUUUCACUGUAAAGGGACAGAGUCCUGCCUAUGGGAUUGUGUUCAAGUGACUUUGGGCAAUCCAACCUGUUCAGCCAAAGAAGUAGCCACUGUAACCUGCUCAGGUCUUGCUGAAUCACUCAGACUCUCAGGAGGUGAGAGCCGCUGUGGUGGGCGAGUUGAGCUCUCCCUCCAUGGUGUGUGGAGCAGAGUCCUGGAUGAUGACUGGGACAUUAGGGAUGCCCAUGUGGUGUGCAGACAGCUCCAGUGUGGAACUGCUGAGAAAGCCUAUUACCUUCCAAAGUCUGAGCGAGGCAUGGGUCUUGUUGGCCUAAGGAGCGUCCAGUGUACUGGAAACGAGACUCAGCUGAUGCUCUGCAACACCUCCCAUUAUCACACAGUGCCUACAGGAGUUUCUGAAGACGUUGGUGUGAUUUGUUCAGGCAGCAGACAGAUGAGGCUGGUGAAUGGAACACACCGCUGUGCUGGGAGAGUAGAGCUUUAUCAUCAUGGCAUCUGGGGCACCAUCUGUGAUGAUAACUGGGAUCUAUCAGAUGCCAAUGUUGUUUGCAAACAGCUUGGAUGUGGGCAUGCCAUCGAGGCAUUUGUCUCUGCUCAUUAUGGUGAAGGGUCAGGGCAGAUCUGGCUGGAUGAUGUGAAUUGCACUGGGGCUGAGUCUGAUCUCUGGACAUGUCCCUCUAGGGCAUGGGGCCAGCACAACUGCCAACACAAAGAGGAUGUUGGAGUCCUGUGCUCAGAUUUCCUGUCUCUGAGGCUGGUGAACGGCAAUGACUGUGCCGGGCGUGUCGAAGUUUUCUACAACGGGACGUGGGGGAGCGUUUGUUCCAACCGCAUGUCCCUGCUCACCGCAGCAACCAUGUGCAAACACCUGGGCUGCGGAGACGGAGGAAUCGCGACCGACUUCCAAUACGGCAGAGGGUCUGGGCCCACGUGGCUGGACCACAUUGAGUGCACUGAGCAGCACAGCUCGCUCUGGCAGUGUCAGUCAGACCCCUGGGAUCCUCAGUCGUGCAAUAACCGAGCUGAAGAGACCCAUAUCACUUGCACUGAGAAGUUACGAGUCAUGGGAGGAGAGGAUGAAUGUUCAGGCAGAGUGGAGAUGUGGCACCAAGGUUCCUGGGGAACAAUCUGUGAUGAUGCCUGGGACAUGGCAGAUGCCAAUGUUGUAUGCAGACAGCUGGGCUGUGGAUCUGCUGUGUCUGCUCUGAGGGAGGCUGCCUUUGGAGAAGGGACUGGUCCCAUCUGGUUGGAGAAGGUGCACUGUAAAGGAACAGAGCUGUCUCUUUGGGACUGUCCUGCCAAGCCUUUGUUUGGCAAAAACUGUGAUCAUAAGGAAGAUGCUGCUGUGAACUGCUCUGGUUAG